AUGGAGCCGUUGUUUACCUGUGUCUCCAAUAAUGCCCAUCACCUCUAUACCCUACUCUCUUGCAUUGGCUUUGCCUCCAAGGCCACGGUCCAAAUCACACCCGAUGGCCUACGAUUCUCGGUAGAGGAAGGCCGCGUCAUCCAAGGCCUAGCUUUCCUCGAUAAAUCCCUUUUCAGCAGCUACACUUUCAACGAACAACCCGUCCCAUAUAACCAAGAAUCAAUCGAAAAUGACGAUUCCUCCGAGGACAUUACCUAUCCGCACUUCGUUGUUUCGCUCUCCGCUCUGCUCGAAACGUUGAAAAUCUUCGGCAUCAACGAUCUCAACGAACCCAAUGGCAUUCGAGAUACCAAUCUUCCACAGACAAACCCUGCAUCAAGUGCAUUUAGCGCUCCCACAUUGCUCAUGGACCGCUCGUGUACCUUGCAAUAUGCACAGCACGGCAGCCCUCUGAGCAUCGCGAUCACCGAAUCUGGCGUCAAAACUACCUGCGAACUAGUGACCUAUGAGGCAGAAGGCGCGACUGACAUCCCCCUUCAACGCGACGCCAUCAUCAUGAAAAUAAUCAUGCGCUCAGCCUGGCUACACAACGCCAUUGCCGAACUCGAUUCCUCAAAUCCAACAAUUCUAAAGCUAUCCGCAUCUGCCACGCGGGAACCCUUUUUCGCGCUUUCUGGUGCCGGUGGUCCCUUCAGUGAAUCCACAGUCGAAUUCUCAGUUGACCAGAAUAAUGAAAUCGUCGGUGGUGCCAGUCAAGCCGGACCGCAGUCGCAGUCUCACAAGGUCUUGGCCGAUGAUGGCUCUUCACGCGUACGCGCAACGAGGGCAAAGUUGGCACCGACUGUUACAGAGACUUUCCUCGUGUCCCCACCGUCUUCAAUGGGGGAGCGGAUCGCGCAGAACUAUCGGUUUGCUCUUAUCAGGAAGGCGGCGCGUGCUAUGUCUGUUGCGAACAAAGCGAGUAUCCGAGGCGAUCGACAGGGCGUGCUCAGCUUGCAGUUCAUGAUCGAAUUGGACGAUAAUAAUGCGGUUGGUAGGCCUGUCGGUGCUGGUGUGAAAGCCCCGGCAGGCCCAGUGUGCUUUGUGGAUUUUCGUUUCGUGCCACUUCUUGAUGAAGAGGAUGCUGAAUUGGAUGUACCGGUUGAUAAUGAGUAG